AUGCUGCAUAUAUCGCCAACUUUCCUUUCUUUCUUCAUUUUUGGGCUAGUCAACAAUGUUUUAUAUGUGAUCAUCCUCACAGCAGCUCACGAUUUGGUGUCUCCCACUACACCGAAAUCACUAAUUCUACUGGCCGAUAUUCUACCCGCCUUUCUAUUAAAAUUGGCACUACCAUGGCUUGUUAAGCAAACCACCCAUAGGGAAACACAGAUAGGUCUAGGCAUCAACUAUAGGCUGAGAUUGGCCAUCAUUGUAGCCCUAUCCGCAACUGGUAUGUUUUUAACUUCACUAGCUCUUCCGUUAUACAUUGUCUUGCUAGGUGUUGUAUUGGCGUCUUUAUCCUCGGGUUUGGGAGAAACUACGUUUUUGCAGUUGAGCCAUUUUCAUAACCAGGACAGCUCUAAUACCGCAAUCCAUGGCUGGUCAAGUGGUACGGGUGCUGCUGGAUUGAUUGGUGCUGGACUGAUUUUAGUAUUAACAACAAUAUUCAAACUUCCAAUUGAUGUGGUUUUAAGGUUUUGCUCUUUGUUCCCCUUUAUUCAUUUAUAUGUGUACUAUUGCUAUCUUCCCACUCCAGUGCUCUACGCAUAUUCAACUAGAAUGGAAGAUAAUGGAAUUAAUUAUGACGAUCCUUCAGAGAUAACCAACGGUAUCAAUUUGUAUGAAAGCACAUUUGUUAGUGAGACGACCGUUGAGAAAACAAUGUUGACAAAAAUGAGGAAUUACUUUUGGGUCUACAUGCUGCCACUAUCCGUGGUUUAUUUUGCUGAGUAUACAAUCAACCAAGGUGUUGCUCCAACUAUGCUUUUCCCAUUAGAGGACACCCCGUUUGAUACUUUCAGAGAUUCGUAUGUUGCAUAUGGUACACUCUAUCAAGUCGGUGUUUUUAUAUCAAGGUCAUCAGGCUCUUUUAUUAAACUGCACAAUUUGUAUUUGAUGGGCAUCUUACAAUUCGUCAAUUUAGCAUUUUGUAUUUUACAAAGCAUGUACAUGUUAAUUCCGAACAUUUGGGUGGUUUUCCUACUUAUUUUGUAUGAGGGUUUACUGGGUGGUGCAGCGUAUGUAAACACAUUUAUGAAGGUCUCAGAUGAAGUGGGGAAUGAAGAUAGAGAGUUUGCUCUUGGUUGUGUUGGGGUUAGUGACAGCUUUGGUAUUGUGCUGGCCGCAAUUAUCAGUUUAUGGCUUGAACCGAAAUUAUGCGGAUACCAGGUAGGAAUAGGACGAAACUGGUGUACGAAAAAGUAA